AUGCCAUCAAAACAGUCAGCUUUGAGCUCAAAUACCUCAGUUCCGGCGGAAGAUAUCAGAAAGUGGUCAACUGAAAAACCUCAUGCGGACCAUAUCCAUAUGUCGGCUUCGUUGACAAUAUUCAACAAAAAAGUGAGAUCUGUAAAGUUUGUGAGAGGAGACAAAGCCAGUGGGCUUCAUUAUGGAGUGAUGUCAUGUGAAGGUUGUAAGGCAUUCUUCCGUCGAACAAAAAGCCGUCAAACUUAUUACUUCUGUAGAAGAGUGAAAUCAUGUGAAAUAAGCCGUGAGAACCGUAUAUGCCAAUAUUGUCGAUACCAAAAAUGUCUCCAAGUUGGAAUGACAAAAGAUACUCUUCAUGAGGCACGAAGACAAAGAUAUGUUGCUUCAAAAAAACUCCUACCCGCGGCGGAUCUUGAAUUUCUUGAAAAAGCCAAUAAAAUCGUUGUUCUCCACAUGAACACCUGCAAUUAUAAGACUGAAACAGUGAAGAAAUUGGCAAAAAAGGAAAUCGGAUUGGCAUUCGGAACAGACGACAGGUUGAAUAGACUCAGCGCUUGGAAAUUCUAUUUGCCAUUCAUGGAUAAGGAAAUUCAAAAUGCAAUCUGUUUUGUUCGAGAUCUUCCAGAAAUGGAAUUCAUUUCAAGUGUUGAAAAAACUGCAAUUCUUAAAAAUAACAUUUUUGGAAUCUAUCUGAUUCGCAUCAUUCGUUCAUUGUCUAUUGAUGGAAUGAUUCUGCAAGAUGACGUUGCCACGGAGAUGACCGCUUUGGGAGACUACUGUAGUCGUAGUGAAGCUGACGAUAGUGCCUAUGGACUAUUGGCUGCACUUGUUUUGGUCGAACAGCUUCCAUUGGAUUAUCAAAAUGAACUGUCGCUUGAAACUGUAACUGGAAUGGUGGAGACUCAAGAAUAUCUUCGAAUUUCAAUGCAAAAAAAUAUGCAGUUUCGAAAAAAUAAGGAAAUUACUUUGAAACAGUUGAACAAUGUGCUUGUUGGUGUCAAUAAUAUCAAUAAAAUGCUCGAGAAGUCGUUCCUCGAAUUCUUACGCACCGCAGCAAAACAGGGAGAUUUAGUCCUGCCAAUCGUCUUCCAAGAAGUUCUGAAUUUGAAUGUAAACCAGGAAACUGCAAAUAAUCAAGAACCCAAUCAAAAUUAG